AUGGCUCGAAUAAUCCUGCUGAAAAACAAAACAGUUCCUACUGAUCCGUACGACGAGCUGUUCAGCCAGAACCAGUACGAGCCGGUGUUUCUGCCGCUGCUCAGACAUUCGUCCAUAAACGAAAAAGAGGUGAAGGAAUUCCUCAAGUCCGAUCUGUAUCUGGACGAGUACCAGGCGCUGAUUGUGACGUCGCAGCGGUGCAUCGAGACGCUCGCCAAGCUUUUGCAGGAGCUGCGGCACGAGAAGUUCGAACGGCUCGACCGAAUUCUCAACAAACCGUCCUACACCGUGGGUCCUACGACGUCGCAGUAUCUUGAGAAUCUGGGAUUUACAGAUAUUCGUGGCGGCAAGGACGCCGGGAACGGCUCAAUUCUGUCGGACAUCAUCAUUCGCGACCCGCUGUUCCGUUCGAGCGCCAAGAAGCGUUCUGGAGCUCGUUUCCUACCGCACGGAGCCCCUCGAAGACACGCAAAGCAGGUACGAGCAGCUGUCGUCGACGGCGCCGGAAAAGUCGUGGCUGAUCUUCUUUUCUCCUCAGGGAACGGCCGACAUUGUGAAUAUCCUCAAGGAAAAAAAGCACAAUUUCCAAAUUGCGUCGAUCGGCCCGACGACAGAGGAAUAUCUUCUGGACAAUGGUAUCAAGCCGGCAGUGGUGUCGUCUAA